AUGUCUUCGUUCCCGAGCUCCGACGAACGAACGGUUGCAUCGUCACUGCUUCUUCUCCUUUCAACUUCUCCCUCUCCAUCGCUUUCUACUCCAAAGUUCGACUCUGAUUCCGACGACGACGAUCAAGUUGCAGAGGGAAGCAUAAACGAAGAGAGUUUCAAAGAAAGCUCAGUUUCAUGGUGUUCCAACUCUUUCUCUUCGAGCUCCCUCAUCAACGACGACUCUGAGUCUUCAGAGGACGACGACGACAUCAGAUCGCUUACGGUAUCAUCGUUCUCUGCCACCGAUCGGUACCAUCAGAUGAAGUUCAAGAUUGCGAGGAAGACACGAUCGAAGGUGAAAUUGACCUCCUCCUGCUCCGUCGACCGGAAAAUGAAAGCCGCCGCGACGGCGAUGGUUUCUCCGGUUUCGGUCUCCGGCGAGGCCACAUCUUGCUUAUCGAGCAGCUCAAGCGGGAUCUCCAGCGCGCGAAGCUUGCGCUAUGCUAACAGAAGCAGAGUCGCCGACAUCACGAGUGCGAGAGUGGCGCCACUGCUGCCGGCGACGCCGCGUCCUGUGAAGAAGGUCGCCAGUUCGCCGCAUCUGCGCCGGCGUGGUGAAGCCAUACUGAAGCUUCUCUCUCACGGUGGCUGGUCUGAAGUGAGGAUCCGUCAAAUGCUCGGUGAUAGCCCGGACACUAGCAAAGCGCUUCGAAUGUUGUUGAGGGUGAAUGCUGUGAAAAGAUCAGGCUCUGGUGGGCGUCAUGAUCCAUUUGUUUACACGAUUAGAUGUUUGCUCUAUGAAUAUUUUUCUGCUUAG